AAUGUCUUUGCGGGCCUGUAGAGCUCUUGCAUUCUUGAGAAAGAUCUUUCAGUUUAUCAUCAAGACGGAGAAACAGAAACAGAAAGUUGCUUCAGGAGCAUUAGGCUACAACCUCAUGAACACUACUGUACAUCCGCCAUAUUAAAUGGUAGUGGCGGUGGAGAGACACUACAUCUUCAGUCAUAAGUUAGCGGGUGUGAUUUAUCGCCAAGCUUAAGCUAGCUCUGAAACUAAACGUGAUAUAGGAAACCUUUAAGGUAAAAAAAAAAUGCGGCUGCAGAAGAGCUGAGCAGCCAGCAGGUCUAGCUGCGGAAAAUUUUUGGUUUUGAGAAGUGAUUUUGGCAGCGCCCGAUUCUGACCGUUGCUGAGCUCGGCCGGCAGGUGGCAGCACCCAACAGCGGCGAGUCGCAGAUCUACUUGACACACCGGAACAAACGAGCAGCUCCUCCCAGCAGCAUGGCCACUGUUCGGUACGGCAGGCUGCUUCCCCGGGUCGCGCAGCACAGCCUGCGGCUGGCUUCCCAGAGAUAUCCAGGACUUAUGAGCCCUGCCUUGGUGCGCGGACACCGCCUGGCCCCUACUGACGAUGAACUGUACCAGCGCACCACGGUGUCCGUCAUGCAGAAGGAAGCGGACAGCGAUCUGCUCAUUCACAGCUACAGCUCUCGGGGCUUUACUAUCGGGCGGAACCGCGUACUGGGACCGUGCGCCGUGCUUCCGCCGGCCAUCCUGCAGUGGAAUGUAGGCAGCUAUAAGGAUAUCUCAGUGGAGAGUUUGGCUUUAUUCUACCUACUAGAGCCUCGCAUCGAAGUUUUGGUCUUGGGCAUUGGUGGCCGAGUGGAGCGGCUUGACAGGAACGUUCUAGACUUCCUGAGGAAGAAGCGCAUUGCAGUUGAGAUUCAAGACACGCCCAACGCAUGCGCCACCUUCAACUUCCUGUUCAGCGAAAGACGAGCGGUCGCCGCUGGCCUAAUCCCACCACCAAUCAGCACAAAGGACCGCCUCUAACAGGAAGUCAUUUGAAAGCUCAUUAAGCGAUGCAACAGAAAGGCUGGCAUCGCCGAUGAAACUUGUAGGACUCUCAGCCCUACUUAACCAAUGAGUGGAGACAAGAGGAGACUGAAUAUCAGAAGAUGUCAUUUGUACAGGAGACACUGUAUGCAAGUGUACGGCAGAGUUAGCGUGUGGGUCGUUUCGGUGUCAGGCGGCGUGUUUGCGUUUUUGUAAUAUUAAUGUCCCCUGUCUUGUGUUUAUGUGCGGUUUGCGAGCUCGUCUGCUUGUAAUGGUCCAUCCCCCUUUCAGAAAACAAAAUUACAACUAGGUUGGGGUUGUAUUUACUGUAUGUGCUGGGAUCUAAGUAAGUAAAGGAGACUUCGUGGCUGAACCUUGA